AUGAGCGUAACCAGAGUCAUGCUCGUAAGGUGCACGCUGUCUAUGCUCCUGGGCGCACAUGCCUUCGUCGUACCACAACCGUCGUGCAUGAUUUCCGCAUCCGAUCCGCAGUACAGACCUGUUGGGCUCGAAAAGAUCGGAAAGCCGGCUCCCCCCUUCGCUACGUUCACAUCGUCCAGCUCAAGCGUCGACGCCACGUUCAGAGACCUUGCGAGGAUUGUGACUGCCGAGGUAGGAGAUUCGAUGGAACAGCAGCAGCAGCAGCAGCAGCAGCAGCAGCAGCAGCAGCGGUGCGCAAUCGCCGUUGUGUACUUUUCGAAGGAGGACGAGGCUUCCCUCCAGGAUCCGAUGUGCCGUGUUCUGCAGGACGAUGCCGGAGAGAUUGAGAGCGCCCUGGCCAGGCUGCAUGACAGUCUUCCUUUCGUCGACGACAUAGUCGGGCCUCAUUAGAGUGCCCACUUUUGUCCGACAUCGCGGUGGGUAUACCCACUGGCGUCAACUAUUUUUUUCAUGUACCCACUUAUGUCUAUAUUUUGACCCACUUUUGUCCAAAUUGUACCUACAUUUGUCCACUUAUAGACGGCGGAAAAUGAGCGGAAAUCGACCUCCAUGUCACCGCACGGCAGAACAUCGGAUAGCCUCGGAACGUCUCAGAACCUCCCAACACCGUAUCCAUGGCAUCUUUCGUAUCCAUGACUGCCGACUGCGGACCGACCGCGGAGGAACAAGUCAGACACAUGCCAGGCCCCUUCGGCACCGGCACGGGAGGAUACCAGGCACGGGAAGAUGCUCGCGUCAAGCCCGGCAAGCAGCGCAAUAACGGCAAACGCCACAAAUAAAUGCGUGACACACAACAGUCAACAAAACCAACCGGCGUGCAUACAGACAGAACAAAGAGACGCGCAUACAGCAACACCACACACACACAAAAACACCAACCACCACCACGACGAGUGCACACCGACUCGUGAGGGCAGCAGUAGCAUGUCGAUGCAGUUAACCCUGCAGGGCGCUCGCUCAGGGUCAAGCGCGGGCGCACCUCUGUCAACUGCUGGCGGCGCCAUGGUUGAAGGGGCAACUUCUGCGACGGUUAGGUUUUUAAGGGAUAUCAAGCCGGAUUUUCACGUCGUAUNCUGUCUCUACGGAUAUCCCUGUCUCUGUGCGAGUUUGUUUAUGUCCUCGUCUGUCUUUGGUUUAUUUCGUUUUAUUUUGUUUUGUUGUUUUACUGGCACGUACUGCUGACCCUUGGGGUCCUUCCGGAAGGCUACCCUCCAGGCUGGUGGUGCGCACGUUCCACUAUUUGUUUAUUUAUUUAUUUGUUUCUGAUUCUAUUGUUUUCUUGUAUUUUAUCGCUCUGCUUACCCUUGGGAUCCAUUUUAUUUUGGUAUACUUUUUCUAGGUACGUUAGCCUGUGACCACGGAAAUUGACCGAGUCAAGUGCUGGAUUAGUACGGAGAGAUUGAGACAGAAGGAAGUACUGGAUAGAGAGACCGGGAUGCUUUUUAAUGUGAAGACAGCAGCAACAACAACAACAACAACAACAACAAUACACAAUAUGAAUAUUGAGCAUAUGAAUACCGUAUUACUAUGAUGUUACGUGGCAAACUGCAUCGACAUGCUGCUGCUGCCCUCACGAAUCGGUGUGCACUCGUCGUGGUGGUGGUUGGUGUUUUUGUGUGUGUGGUGUUGCUGUAUGCGCGUCUCUUUGUUCUGUCUGUAUGCACGCCGGUUGGUUUUGUUGACCGUUGUGUGUCACGCAUUUAUUUGUGGCGUUUGCCGUUAGUGCGCUGCUUGCCGGGCUUGACGCGAGCAUCUUCCCGUGCCUGGUAUCCUCCCGUGCCGGUGCCGAAGGGGCCUGGCAUGUGUCUGACUUGUUCCUCCGCGGUCGGUCCGCAGUCGGCAGUCAUGGAUACGAAAGAUGCCAUGGAUACGGUGUUGGGAGGUUCUGAGACGUUCCGAGGCUAUCCGAUGUUCUGCCGUGCGGUGACAUGGAGGUCGAUUUCCGCUCAUUUUCCGCCGUCUAUAAGUGGACAAAUGUAGGUACAAUUUGGACAAAAGUGGGUCAAAAUAUAGACAUAAGUGGGAACAUGAAAAAAAUAGUUGACGCCGGUGGGUAUACCCACCGCGAUGUCGGACAGAAGUGGGCACU